AUGGCGCCAAAGGGGCAAUCCGGGCACACGGCCGCCGGCGGCGAUGUCUACGACGCCGCGGCCUAUCUGGAUACCACAUACGAUCGCAAAAAACACGAGGAAUUAGCGGCAUUGUACGAUGAAAGAUUCCACAAAGACAUAGACAGAUACCCGGACCUCUGCAAACCAUGGGUAGACCACAUCGCACUCCUCAAGUCGCUGAGGCAGCCUGGCAGCCACGCCAGGGUAUACCGGAUAAAGGAUAUAUGCAUGCUCGAAACUGUGUCGGCGGAAGCACCGACUCACAACGAGAGAACUGCCGCGAGUGGUCAGGAACACGAUAACGACCCAAUCACCGAAAGGAUUCUGGCCACCUACGAACGGGCGGUAAAGUACGUGCCGCUGAGUUACAAAGUGUGGUACGGCUACAUCAGGGACAGCAUAGAGGCAAUCAAGGCGCCGUUCUACGCAAAUCCGGCUGCGUAUCUGCGCAUUAACCGGGUAUUUGAGAACUGUCUGGUUCACGUCUACGCCGCGCCGGCGAUAUACCUGCUCUACGGGCAGUUCCUCCGAACGCAGAACAUGAUCACACGCGCAAGACGAACGUACGACCGAGCGCUGCUCAACCUUCCCAUCACGCAGCAUGCGAUGGUGUGGAACCACUACCUCCAGUUCGUCAAAGAGGUGGACCUGCUGCCGAUGGGGAGGGCGGUGCUCAGGCGCUACAUCCAGCUCAAGCCGAACCACAGGGAAACGCUGUAUGAAUUGCUGAAACGCCAUAAGCAAUAUGACGAGGCGUGUGUGGUGCUUUGCGAACUGCUCAACGAUGAUAAGUUCGUGUCCGAAAGCGGCAAGUCGCAGUAUGACCUGUGGGUGGAACUUUGCGAGCUUGUCAGAGACAACUCACACCACAUACACAGCAUCCCAAUAGACGCUAUCAUAAAAGAAGGAAUCGGCAAGUACAGCGACCAGGUUGCGCAGCUUUGGGUCAUACUGGCUGACAUACAUAUACUUAGGGGACAAAUGCACAGCGCACGCGACGUGUAUGAGGAGGCACUGAAGUCGGUCACAACGGUCCAAGACUUUUCAACCAUUUUUGAGGUCUACGCCAGGUUCCUGGAAAAGUUAGCCAAGGAGCGUAAGAAAACCGCAGGAGCCGCUACCGACGUGAUCAUCACCGUGGACAGGCUGGAGAACCUUAUCAAUACACGUGCCGUUCUCAUGGCAAACGUCAAGCUAAAACAAAACGUGCACAACGUGUACAAUUGGCUCCACUACGCGCAGCUCAUGGAGAGCGACCCGAGCAAGACGCAGCAAAUCUUUGAACAGGCUGUUGCUGCAGUGGACCCGAAGCGGUCGGUCGGCAGGGUCACCGAAUUGUGGACCGCAUACGCCUCACAUUUCGAAUCAAGCGGGGACAUCUAUGCCGCUGAUCGCGUCUACGAGAAGGCCGUGGAGGGGAACUUCAAGUAUGUCGACGACCUGGCGUCCAUCUGGUGCGCUUGGGUGGAAAUGCACCUGAGGAAACAAAACUUUAAGAGAGCGUUAGAUAUCGCAAGACAGGCUAUUGAUGUGAGGAACAAAAAGGAUCCGAACCACGUACAGCAGAGGUUGUAUCGAUCGGUAAAACUCUGGAGUCUGUGUUUGGACCUGGAGCAGAACCUGGGAACCAUCGCAACCUGCAGAUCAACGUUUGACCUCAUGGUCGAACUCAAAGUGGUAACACCACAAAUUGCACUCAACUUCGCCACGUUUCUGGAGGAUAACAGAUACUUCGAAGCCUCGUUCAGUGUAUUCGAGAAAUGUGUCGCCCUGUUCAAGUGGCCGCAGCUCUACUACCUCUACCUGCCGUACCUCACCAAGUUUGUCAAAAGGUACCGCGGGCGCAAACUGGAGCGUGCACGCGAAAUAUUUUACCAAUGCCUAAACCCGGGGCAGGACUCCAAAACGGGAGAUGUGCCCGCGCAGUACGUCAAGUAUCUCUACUUUCUCUUCGCCCACAUGGAAGAGGAAUUCGGGCUCGUCAGGCGCUGCCUAGGCAUACUCAAAGACGCCGCCAAGUGCGCAGACAGGGGGGACCAACUCACCAUGAUCAAGUUGUACCUGGCCAAAACGGCGGAAUUUUACGGAAUAGUGCAGACGAGGAACAUAUACCAGGAGUGCCUAGAGUUCGUAGAUGAUGAAUACGCGCGCGAACUCUGCGAUAUGUACAUCCAGAUGGAAAGAGGUCUCGGAGAAAUUGACCGUGCUCGUGCCAUAUUCAUCUACUGCUCGCAGCUCUGCGACCCGGAAAAACACGAAAAGUUCUGGAAAGACUGGCGCGAAUUUGAAGUGCUACAUGGAAACGAAGAGUGCUUCAGAGAAAUGCUCAGAAUUAAACGCAGCGUACAAGCAAAAUACAGCAAGGUGCACUUUAACACCGAAGAGAUUGAUGUCGAACAAGACCAGCCACAGGGAACCUAA